AUGGGAGAGGGGCGACCCUUGUUGGCCGCGCCCCGGCCCCGUCACGAACGGCUCUGCCCACCGACCCACGCGGGCCGGCUAUCCUGGACCACUCGAAGAUCCGCGGCGCUACGUCAAACUCCCCACCUGCCACUGUCCCCGGAGCGGGUCACGCCCGGCGGGGCCGGGCGCUUAACACCAGAAGCGAGAGCCCGCUCGGAGCUCGCCUCCCCGCCUCACCGGCGCCAGACUAGAGUCAAGCUCAUUACAUGUAUCCAUGAGGGCCUUAGCCCUCCUUGA